CACAUCACACUCGUCCGUGCGAUGGCUGGUCUCGUUCAAAAGGGUGUCAAGAACAUCUUGCAGAAGAAUCCCAAUGAUGUGGUUUUCCUUUCCGCCCUCCGAACUCCUGUCACAAGAGCCAAGAAAGGUGGGCUCCGGGAUGCAUACGACCAUGAAAUGUUAGCCGCUGUCCUUAAAGCUACCACUCAAAAAUUCCCAAAUCUCGAUGCCUCCAAAAUCAAUGAUGUAUGCAUUGGUACUGUCCUAUCAGAAUUGGGCGGCUCCAAAGCAGGUCGCAUGGCGAUGAACCACAUUGGCAUACCUGUAACGACUUCAUUUAGUACCGCGAACCGAGCUUGCGCAUCCGGUCUUACCGCUAUAACUCAUAUCGCAAAUUCAAUCGCCGUAGGGCAGAUUGACGUGGGCAUCGCAGGUGGCAUGGAGAGCAUGACACGAAACUACGGAAGUCGAGCUAUCCCAACCGAGUUAUGGGGUGAAAUGAAAGAGUCACCUGUCAAGGAAGCUCGAGAUUGCAUCAUGAGCAUGGGCAUUACAUCAGAAAACGUUGCAGAGAGGUAUGGCGUCUCUCGUGCAGACCAAGACGCUUUCGCCACCGAGUCCCACCAUCGCGCUGCGAAAGCACAAUCCAGCGGACGUUUCGACGAAGAAAUCGUGCCAGUCACUACACGCUGGAUCGACCCAGAGGUUCCUGAAAGCGAGAAGCCGGUGACUGUGACAAAAGACGAUGGUAUCCGGCCGAACACCACAAUAGAGAAACUGUCUACCAUGAAACCUGCGUUCAAGAGUGACGGAACUAGCACGGCUGGAAACAGUUCCCAGGUCUCCGAUGGCGCUUCUGCGGCUCUCAUGAUGCGUCGCUCUACUGCCAACGAGCUAGGCCUAACUUCUCACAUCAUUGGCAAGUGGGCUGGAUCGCAGGUCGUUGGUUGCUCACCCGAUGAAAUGGGUGUUGGCCCUGCCCUGGCGAUUCCUAAAUUGCUCGAGUACACAGGUGUGCAAAAGGAGGAAGUGGAUCUCUGGGAGAUCAAUGAGGCAUUCGCCAGCCAGGCGCUGUACUGCAUAAGGAAGCUGGGCCUAGAGAACAGCAUGGAAAAGAUCAACCCCAACGGAGGUGCCAUUGCUUUGGGACACCCGCUGGGCGCAACCAGUGGAAGAAUGCUGGCUACUCUGCUGAGCGAAAUGGGAAGGAGCGGACAACAAAUCGGUGUUCUGAGCAAAUGCAUUGGCACCGGCAUGGGCAUGGCGAGUCUGAUUGUGCGCGAAUAG